AUGACUGAACUGAUCAGCGAGGAAAACUAUAGUUUAGAUAAAAAUCAAGUUCGUAUUGAUUAUACGACAUUGACAUCGCGUUUUUCAGUGAUGCAUACGAACAGUCUCAAUGAGGGUGUUGCUCAUUUGAAUGAACAUGGUUAUGCAAUAUUCAGUGAUAUUAUGUUACAAGAUGAAAUUAAUACCAAUAAAGAUUUAUUAUGGAAGUUCCUGGAAAACAUUCCUGGACGUCAGAUUCGUCGUAAUGAUCCCAUGACAUGGUCAGAUAAUUGGCCGGGAAAUCCUAGAUUCGGUCUAAUCGCCGAAUGUGGUGUUGGCCAAUCAGACUUCAUGUGGAAUGUCCGUUCGAAUCGAAAUACCAAACGUGUUUAUUCUCAAAUAUGGAAUACAAACGAACUGCUAGUUUCACUUGAUGGUUGUGGUAUCUACCGAAAUUGGCGGUAUGAACCACAAUGGAAAACAGUAACAGGGUGGUAUCAUGUUGAUCAAAAUCCGGUAUCUAAACCUGAUCGAUGCGCCAUUCAAGGAUUUGUUUCGCUUACCGAUCAGAAUGAAACCACCGGUGGUCUUAUACUUUUUCCAGGCACACAUUUACGUUUCAAUGAAUUAGUUGAUGUCGUUCGUCGUGAAAAAGAUUUUAUUCCUAUUCCGAGUGACCAUCCAGUUCUUAAUCGUGGCCGUGCGAUUGGUAAAUUUAUUCAUUGCCGAGCAGGUGAUCUUGUCGUAUGGGACAGCCGUGUGAUCCAUUGCAACUCGCCGGCUUUUGUCGAUCGAGAACAAUUAAGUGACCAACCUAACGAGCUAAUACGAAUCGUUGCUUAUGUUAGUAUGGGUCCGACAACAUUCGUACGAGAUUAUACAUUAGGUCAAUUCCAAAAACAAAGAAAAUUAAUGGUACAAAAUAACUGUACGUUGACUCAUUGGACUUUUGAGUUAACGAAAGAAAGUACUGGUUUCACUUUGCCCCGAGUGUCUCUAGAAAAACUCGACGCUUAUCAACGUUCAUUAAUUAUUGGAACAAAUAUUGACGAUGAAUAG